UCUUUCCUCGGUGGUUAGCGCGGGUUCGUCAACCGCUCCUCGGAACAGAUCUCCUUAUUUAACCAAGCAAGUGUCAUCCUUAUAGAAAUUUGAUACUGGAAGUAUAUUCAAUUGGCCAGUAAAUUGGAUUUCUGUAAGGGUCGAAAUCGCAGGUGAAGAUAUCAGACCUUUCUCUCUCUACCUCGACUGCCUUUCCGCGUGAUCAUCCCUCUUCUCCGCUCGACGUAAACUAGAUCUUCUUCACUUCACGAUGAUGCGGUACACGGAAGCGGACCCGAUGGCGGAGCGGAGUUACGCGCAGCAGCUCAACGACACGUCGACGAACAACGGCGAACAACAAUCGCAAGCGACCGCGACGAACGCGGCGACGCAGACGAUGGAGCUGCAGGAGAACGCUCCGAUCAUUCAUGCGAAUCCCACUAUCAUCACGGUCCAGCCGGGAGAAGGUGAGAGUCGAUUCCGUAGACCAAUUCCUAUCAGCACUCUCGACUGGAUCUCGACACCUAGGUCGCACUUGAAUGCGAUCACCGGUACACAGUUUUUGGACGGCGUUGAGCAGUUGGAAAUUCAGCAGGUUAUUGAUUUGAGUACUCUACUCGGCAGACUGGAUAAGGGUAUUCAGUACAGGGUGAAAGUGCCACGCGCGGAAACAUUGUUUCUUGCCAUGGAAUCCAAGAUGGAAACGGAAUCACGAUUGUGCGGCUGGUACAAAGGAUUUGUGUUGAACGUUCUGGAUCAGUGUGGCGAAACCGCCUUCAUCAUCCGGAAGGAUCCCAGCUUGUUACACGUGCCGUGCUCUCGACAGAGAAUUACAGUUGAAAGCGCGAAUAUCAUCGGUAGCGUGGAGAAGAACUUUUCCCCGAUAGGUCCAAGUUUCACCGUAUACAACGCGAUCCAGGAGCCUCUCUGCAAUAUAUAUGGACCCUUCACUUGCGACUGUUGCAUGUUCAAGGAAGCGCAAUUCCAGAUCGUAUCAUUGGACGGAUCUCACCAAGUCGCAUCACUAAUACAUCAAUGGGAUCACUUUGCAGUCGACUACAUCCUGCUUCUCACAUUUCCGGUAGAUACAGAUGUGAGAUUGAAAAGCCUGCUCCUCGGCGCGUCAUUCUUAAUAGAAUACCUGUACUUUCAUCGAAUAAGAAGAGCUUCCAGAAGAUAAACACCGAUUAUGAAUAAUUUGCAACUUUUAAAAUUAUUGUUUCUAUUUGUUCUGUUAUAUAAUACUAGCACAAACUGUGGAUUUUACAAAACCAAUAUAUCUUUUAAGAAAUACGACUCACGCAACCUUAUAUUACAAUUUACAUA